UUUUUCCCGAGAGCAGCCUGGGCUCAGUUCAGUUGCUGUCCAGACUCGGGUCGGCCGGACUGCUGCCUCCAGCCGUUCUCCUACUGCCCACCCGUCAGCUUGAGCGCCCCUAGCCCUCCCGCGAGGGCGCCCCGGGACGGAAGGAUCCACCAGUCUGUCGGCGCCCGCCGUUCUCGUGGUCGCCGUCGCGGUCGUCGUUGUGGUAGUCUCUGCGGUCGCCUGGGCCAUGGCCAAUUACAUCCACGUCCCGUCCGGCUCCCCGGAGGUGCCCAAGCUGGACGUCACGGUUCAGGAUCAGGAGGAGCAGCGCUGCCGGGAAGGGGCCCUGAGCCUUCUGCAACACCUGCGGCCGCACUGGGACCCUCAGGAGGUGACCCUGCAGCUCUUCACAGAUGGAAUCACAAAUAAACUUAUUGGCUGUUACGUGGGUAACACCAUGGAGGAUGUAGUCCUGGUGCGAAUUUAUGGCAAUAAGACUGAGUUGUUGGUCGAUCGAGAUGAGGAAGUGAAGAGUUUCCGAGUGCUACAGGCUCAUGGCUGUGCACCACAACUCUACUGUACCUUCAAUAAUGGACUGUGCUAUGAAUUUAUACAGGGAGAAGCAUUGGAUCCAAAGCAUGUCUGCAACCCUGCCAUUUUCAGGCUCAUAGCACGUCAGCUUGCUAAAAUUCAUGCUAUCCAUGCACACAAUGGCUGGAUUCCCAAGUCUAAUCUAUGGCUAAAGAUGAGAAAAUACUUCUCUCUCAUUCCCACAGGCUUUGCAGAUGAAGAUCUUAAUAAAAGGUUCCUAAGUGAUAUUCCAAGCUCUCAGAUUCUUCAGGAAGAGAUGACUUGGAUGAAGAGGAUUCUUUCCAACCUGGGCUCACCUGUUGUGCUUUGCCAUAAUGAUCUACUAUGUAAGAAUAUAAUCUACAAUGAGAAACAAGGUGAUGUACAGUUCAUUGAUUAUGAAUAUUCUGGAUACAACUACCUGGCAUAUGAUAUCGGAAAUCAUUUCAAUGAAUUUGCAGGUGUGAGUGAUGUAGAUUAUAGUCUCUACCCAGGUAGAGAACUACAGGGCCAGUGGCUGCGCUCUUACCUUGAAGCCUACAAAGAAUAUAAGGGCUUUGGGACUGAAGUUACUGAAAAGGAGGUAGAAAUACUCUUCAUUCAAGUCAAUCAGUUUGCAUUGGCUUCUCAUUUCUUUUGGGGAUUGUGGGCUUUGAUUCAAGCCAAAUAUUCCACUAUUGAAUUUGAUUUCCUUGGGUAUGCAGUUGUUCGUUUUAACCAGUACUUUAAAAUGAAGCCUGAGGUUACUGCAUUAAAAAUGCCUGAGUAAAGAUGUAAUUUUUCCCAAGUAGUUGAACAAUGCUUGUGAAUCUUUUCUUAAGAAACUCCGGAAAGCCAAUUAUCUGUUAUUUAAUUUGGUUAUUUUGCUUUACGAAUUAUGCCUCUAUCAACCAAUUCGUUUUUUAAAUAGACUGAAUGAUGUAAAAAAUAUACCUACUGCUGUCAGUAUGCGGUAGAUUAGAAAUUUGUUAAAUCUGCAAAAAGGUAUAAAGAUGUCAGUUUAAUCUUUUCUUUGAUAAUUUAAUCUGUUAUAUGUGAAUUAUUUAUUAUAAAUGUAACACAAUUCUGUGACAGCUUUCAUCUAGUUCAUCUGUUAAGUGUCAGCAAUGAAAAUGUUCCAGAGGAAAAAAUUUUUUUUACUUUAUUAAGAUUAAUUUUAGUUAGAUGUUCUAGGGUCAUUGUAACUUUUUAAUCUUGAUGCACUGUAAGUAAAAUGGAUCAUUUACUCUUGAAAUGCCAGACACUGGUAUAGAUAACUUAGGGUGUUGGUUGAAAAAUACCUGCUUAGAAAGGUGAAUGAAACACAUUCACUAUCUAUGGUAGUGGUAUAUCGUUUUGAAUUGAAUAUUGGAAACUUUCUUUGGGGGGAAUGUACCUUAGAAUUUAAUUCUCCUACAUAGUCUGGCAGUAUAAAUAUUAAUAUUUACUGUAUAAUCCUAGAAUAGAUGUGAUGAUUUUGUGUUACCAAAAUCUGCAUUCAGUAAUGUUCUCAUAUUCUAAAUGUGGUCAUUUAAGUUACUAGUUUGUUUUUAAGAUUUUAGUGUAUCAAAUUGUUUCUAACCAAACGUUUUGUUUUACUUAUUGAGAUAUUCUGUGUAUUUGUUAUUAAAUAAUAGCUAGUAGAACAAUUGCUAAUUUUAGAAACAAAGAUAGAAUGUUUAUCAUUCUUGGGAACAAGAAAAUGUCAUUUAGAUGAAUUCUGGUUUACCCGUGUAGAUUUAUUUUUUACAUUUUUGUUUCAUGUUUUAGUUUGACUCCAUGUCUUUGGAAUGAUAGCAAAUGAUUGCUUGAUACAUGUAGGUGCAGAGAAGUAAGUUGAGGCGGUUAAAAGAAAUAAGGAACAUUUAAGGCAUUGAUCUUGUACACUUAAAAACUGAUAUAACAAAAUGUGAAUUAAGCAGAAAUACUCCUGGUAGGAAGGAUUCUGUUAGUUUUUAUUUCUCUUUAUUUUGUUUGUGUAUUUUUUAUUUUGUUUUGGAGUGAGAGAAUGGUAAUUAUUAUGUGGACGGAAGUUAGAUCUUUGGGACAAGUAGGCUUCGAGUUUUGAAGAUUGCUGUGUGGAGUUGAGUAGUCAUGGUUGUCUUUGCUUAGCAAGUUAGUCUGACAAGCUUUCACUUUGGUCACAUAAGUGCCCGUGUACAAAGUUGGCUUAAUGGAUCUGCAUAUUCAGAAUAUGCAACUACAAAUUUAUCCUCUGAGAAAUCUUCUGGGGAGUCUGAUGUGUUAUUCCAAAUGACUGGUAUUCUCAGAUAAGUGCUUUAAAAUACUUGGGUUACCUCAAGAUGUUUAAAGGUAAUCAAGUAGAAACACUUAAAGGCCAUUUUAAAUGGUAAAUUCUAGUUACAUAAAUAGAAUCUUAAAAUCUGUUUGUAUCUAUAACAGUGUUAGACCAAGAUUUGUUUUCUACCUCCCCAAUGUUACAAAUGUUCACUUCUGUUUUUAUACACCAUUGUUGUAGAAUCAGUAGAAUUUUACUUAAUUGACUAAAUGAAUGGAAUCAAACAAUGAAUACCUUUUUAUAUAAUGUUAGAGUGUACUUGAAAAAUUGUUUUUGGUGGAAUUUCCACCUGUGGUUGGAAUAUUUUCAACGAUGAAGAAUAUGUAAUACUAGAGUUUUUUGCUUUCUGACUUCUUAAAGUGCAACAGUAUAUGUCUACAAUGGAGGAGAGGAGAUCAUUUUUCUGCCGUACUCCACAUUCUUGGAACUAUUUUGAAUAGAGAUUCACUGAGCCAUUGCUGGUAGACUGUGCAUACUAGCUGUGACACUAUAAUAAGCAUUUCAGAAAGAUUCAUAUGGAAGUGAAUGUAAAGGGGGAGUAACAGGCUUUCACUUGAUCCCCAGGAGUAGCCAGUGGGUCUUGAGAACAUAAUCAGAUACUUAAGGUAUUUCCUUCACUUUUUGGUUAGAUUUUUGGAUGUUGUGAUGCUCCCACUUCUGUACGGUUUUUUUUUUUUUAUCAUGCUGCAGGCUAUUAAUAGGGUUCAAAAUUGUUUCCCUUUUUGUUGACAAUUUAAGA